AUGACUGCAGCCAGUUGCGGCGGUUAUAUCAGUACCGAUGAUCGCGAACCCUCUGUUCUCGAUGUGGAUGACGUAGCUCCGGAAGCUGUCAGCAAGCCGUGCGACGAAAUCAAGACGGAGCUAGGCGAGAUCAACGAAGAGGAACCGGAUGUCGCCGCCACCGAAACCGGCCCUGGUGACAAGGCCAAGAGUUGGCUUCGACGCGAGAUCCGCUCCGCUUACGAGGGCCUGCAUCCACCAGUCAUACGUCCGCUCAUAAUCGACGGCUGCUUUCUGUGCGACGAGUCUCAUGAUGACGAUAGCUCGGAGCCUCACAACCACGAUAGCUCGGAGUCUCAUGACUACGAUAGCUCGGAGUCGCAGCAGAGCAACAGUGACUCGACUGCUCAGACGGACGUCUCCGUUCAGAGCUCGGCAGAUACCAAGGGCGUAGCGGAUGACGACGCAAGCACGCAGGUACAACUAGGCAGGAGCAUCAAGACGCUCCCCACUCGUCCCAGCGUUCGCGUGCUGGCUGAUGUGCUUCUUGCUCCCUUUACCCAAGGAGUUAAGCGUACAUCUGAGACGGACACCGACGCCAAACACUCUGCUGCCAAGCGUCUGCGCACGGCGGUAGCGCCCAAGAAGCAGCCGCAGAAAGAGGUUCCGAUCUGGAUCCGUUUGCGUCGUCUUCGCCGACAUCAGGAGGACGUCGAGCGACGCAUGAAGCUCAAGCGUCGCGCGGACGCCGACGACAGCGUGCCUCUCGAGGGUAACAGAACGAAGCGUCGUUGCCUUGCUGGCGACAUCCUUGUGUCGCAAGACACGCUCUUCCAGCUCUUGGUGCCACGAGCCGCGCCCUCCAGCCUGCCCAGCUCGCCGAUUUCUAGCUGGGAGCCCAGUUUCAUCAGGACGGAGACGCGCGUCCGUAGCGAUAGCGUCUCGACCGACGACGCGAUGGACCGGAUUGCUCAGGUAGCCCCGAUCUUCAAGCGCGGCGAGUUCAGGCGUCGUCUCCGCCGCACCGUUGCGUCCCUCGAGACGCUGUCCAUCGCGUAG